AUGGUUGCAGUUGCUGCCGGUGGUGGCCUGCUGUGGCGUCGAACAGAUGCGAAAGAGGCAUCAAAUUUCUUGCCAAAUUUACAGGUGGACUCCGCGACAUCCUCGUUUCAAACUCGAUUUAGUGCUGCGAUUGCCACCUCUGCUGUAGACAGUGUUGCAAAGUCGAUUUCUAGUGCGCUCGGAGCCGUUCAAGAUGGCAUGAGAGCACAGAUUGAGAAACCUUUUGUGGGUGACUUCUUGCAGCAGAAUCCAUUGUUAGCUGAUGAGAGCUUUGGGGAGCCAGCGGUGGAGACACAUGGGAGUGAUGAGCACCUGCUGAAGUAUGGAGGUCGCCUUUUGGGCGGUUCCACAGCACAAGAUGGUGACAGGAUGAAGAAAGCUGCUGCAGCGCAGGAGACAUUGGUGCGACAAGCAACAAUCCUCGACGGCUGCCUGGACGGGGGACAGUAUUUGCCUGUCUUCUACAUGCUAAAAGAUGAAAUGGUCCUGAGCCCUGUGGACAUUUCCCUCACGCUUGGCUUCACUGCCACACCGUUUAUCUUCAAGCCUGGCCUGGCUGUGGCCAGUGACCGGAUGCCAAUCUUCGGCCGAAAGAGAACUCCUUAUUUGGCUGGAAGCAUGCUGCUGGUUGCUGGUACCUAUGCGGGUGCAAGCUUGGCGCAAAGCUACGCUGGCUUGCUGGGCUUUCUUUCCUUGAACACCUUCAGUCGCUGCCUAAUGUCGGCAGUGCUGCAAGGUAUGGUUGUGGAAGUCGCUCGGCAACAAGGCCGUGACGAGGUCUCGGCCGUGGUUGGGGAUUUCUUCGGCCUAAAGACCUGCGCAGCCCUUUUCAGUGCGUUUUGUAGCAGCCUUCUGAUCGGAAAGAUGGGCUCACGGUCUGCGCUGCGAGUCUACGCGUGCGCACCGAUCCUGAUGCUUGCAGGAAUAGGUCGUUGUGAGCAGGCUGGCGGAGCUUGUGCCUCGGUUCUUUCUGAAAGGCACAUGUGGGAUUGA